AUGAAAAGACUCUGGAAGAAGGUCGGUUCGGGUGUAAAAAAUGCCAAUUACCUCAAAAAGUCGGUCGAAGAAGUGGCGAAAAUUGAAAAAGGAGAAACAAAGGUAGUCCCUCCAAAGUAUCCAACUGAAAAAAUUCGGGAAGUGAGUGAAGAAGUCAAGAAAGAAUUAGCUACGAAGAAUGAGCACUUAGUUGAAAAUAUGAAUAAAAUGAGCAUCACCUCGACUGAUCCAGUAGAAAGAUGGACAUCCACAAAAGAUCUUCCUACUCGUGAAUCUGAAUUUCUUCAUCGAAACGAUCCGAUGUGGGAAUACGGAUUCUAUGAACCGGCAGUAGAAAGGAUUCCAAAAGACAAACUAAUGUUCAGAGAAGCUCUGGAAUAUCUUCGUUGCAGACAGGAACUACUUUCAGAUACUAGUUCAGAACCUCAAAAAAAACAAGCAGCUCAACUGAUGUCGGAUCAUAUCGUUACUACACGAGUGAACGCCGAAAAGUUGGAUGAUAUCUAUGAGUAUUUCAGACCGUUCGAAAGGAAAGAUAAACAAAAGGUUGUCAACCGUCAUGCUCUCGCAGAGCUUCAAGAUCAUUUGCAAGGUCAUUCUGAUGAAAGGAAAAUUCUGGAUGAGGCACAGGACGUCGGCAAAAGAAUCCGUCAAAUCAGUGAUAAUGCCAAGUUCCUUGACGAAUAUCAAAGACUCGAAGAAGAAGAGAAAGUAAAAGUACGAGAUGCUAUUGCACAACUUCGACAAGAAGAGUAUGACCGACUGAACAAGAGACUCGGGCAAAUCGGAGAAAUGGAAAAAUCAGCAAACGAAGCGAUGAAGAAAGCUGUAGAAGAGAAGGCGCCAAAGUAG